AUGGACUAUUCGUUCUCCUCAACCACUGGCACACAGCGCUCGACGUCAUCCAGAGUACUAUCUUUAGCUUCAGCCAACUCUCAGCGGCAUCAUAACCUGAAAGGAAUGGAGGAAAGGGGCACCAGACGAGGCGUGUUGGUCACCCUAGAAGAGGCACAGAUCGGCGUGGGCUGCGUGGGCCACGUGUUUGCCUUUGAGGAUGGCAUCGCACCCGAAAUCUUGAGCCUACUUAAAACACUCGGCUGCGGGCUGCGGCUGGCUAGUGCCAGCACGGCGGCCGAGAUGGAAGCCUGUUGCGUCGACGUAGGCCACCUGUGGUUGACCGGCAUCCAUUUCAGUGACCCGUUCACUGCCACUGUCGGCUGCCAGGUGCUCGACAUUGUAGCGCGUGACUGA